AUGACAAAAGCAACGUAUCAAACAGCGACAAUGGUUGCCUCUACGUCACCAUUGAGAUUGAAUAUGAACAACAGCAACACUGCUAACCAUAACAGUACGUCGUCCUUCUCAACGCCCAUACAUGCUGUCAGAUGCCAAGACACCCAUGCUCCAGACAAUUCAUCCAUGAAUUCGAGGAGAAAUUCAACUACCUCUUCCUCAACAAACGGCACGAAUACAUGUAAAUCAACUGUAUCGUCAAAAUCUUCCAAUUCUCUUUCCUCCACAAGUACAGGCAUUGAAAAACAAUCAAAGAGAAAAACCAAUUCCAAACUGAAAGAAUUCACCACUGUCUUUGAUAUUAAAAAGACUUCUGUCAGCUUUGUUUCACGAAAUGGCGAUGAACCUAAAAAGACGAGACGAGCACAAGCAUCCAUCACUAAAGAAGAAAUUUUGAGGGUUCUCCAUCUCUCUCAAACACAAGCUUGUAAUCAAAUUGGAUGUUCUCUUUCGACUCUGAAACGAAGGUUUUAUGAAUUGAAGGAUGACAUGGGUUUACAAAGGUGGCCUCAAUUCUACGAAGAAAUCAAAGAUUUGCCCAUUUUCCCUCAAGUCUAUCCCAUGUGCUUGGAAUUCAUUUUGAAUCGAGAAGAUGAAGAUCCAAUCACAACCUCUUCCAUGCAACAACAACAGUUUUCAUCAAGCAGUUCAUCUUGUUCAGCGAGUUUGAACAAGAUGAAUCGAAAAGUGGCUACCAGUCCUUCCACAAACACGUCCAGUAGUUCCUCUUCUUCUCCGGUACAGUAA